AUGCACAUCAAUACGUGAGAAACAAGCAUGUGCCGUUACACAGAUAGCGCAGUAACCAACAACCGAAUAGAAAAGCCAUCGCUUGCUAUAGACCCAAUUGGAAACCUUUGUCGGUGAUUCUUCAGAGUGAGAGAGAUGUGGGAAUCGAUCUUUUUAACGUUAGCUGCGACCGCCGGUAACAACAUCGGCAAAGUCCUCCAGAAAAAGGGCACUCUCAUUCUUCCCCCCCUCUCUUUCAAGUUCAAGGUAAUAAGGGCAUAUGCUUUCAACAAAACUUGGGCGGUUGGUUUUCUAAUGGAUAUAUUUGGAGCACUGUUGAUGUUGAGGGCACUAUCUCAAGCCCCUGUAUCUGUUAUCCAACCAGUUUCUGGCUGCGGACUUGCUAUUCUUUCUGUCUUUUCCCAUUUUUAUUUGAAGGAAGUCAUGAAUGCUAUUGACUGGGUGGGCAUUACUUUGGCGGGCAUCGGUACUAUCGGAGUUGGCGCUGGAGGUGAGGAGCAAGAGGCUACUGCCAUAUCUAUUUUUCAUUUACCAUGGCUGGCAUUCAUUGUUGCCAUCUUGUUUGUACUUCUUAACGGGUGGCUUCGUAUCUACAAACGACAACGAAAAGAACAGGAGAUGAUGGAAUAUGAAGUUGUUGAAGAAAUUAUAUAUGGUUUGGAAUCUGGCAUUUUGUUCGGGAUGGCAUCUGUAAUUUCAAAGAUGGGCUUUGUAUUUUUGGAGCAGGGCUUCCACAGGAUGCUGGUACCUAUAUGCAUUUCAAUCAGUGUUUCUUGUAGUGGUACAGGAUUUUAUUAUCAGACUCGGGGUCUAAAGCAUGGGAGAGCAAUUGUAGUAGCCACGUGUGCUGCUGUGGCAUCAAUUGUGACUGGUGUUCUUGCUGGUAUGCUUGCAUUAGGCGAACAAUUACCUGAAGCACCAACAGCUCGUGUUUCACUUCUGCUUGGAUGGUUCCUUAUCAUUAUUGGUGUGGUUUUACUCGUGAGUUCAUCGCGGCUGGUGAGAGUCGUGAGACACCUUCCAUGGCCAUUACGACAUCUCAUACCAAGUGGUGUUGAGAGGAAUUUCAAUGCUAGAAGAUCUGGAUCUGUCCGUGUUAGGGAUUCAAACCCAAGUGCUGUCAUCCAGGCAGCAACAUUGCAUCAUUUGAUAUCAUCUCCUAAAGAGAAGGCUUGAAUUGACAAUAGCCAAUAUUAGGGAUACAAACCCCAAGUGCUGUUAUCUAGGCGGCAACAUUGCAUCAUUUGGCAUAACCUCUUCCUGAAGAAGACUUGAAGUGACAAUAGUAAGAAGAUUAUCACGUGUGUAUGUUAAGACUCUUGUUGAUGGGCUUGUAGAUGACAUUGAGUUGUUCUUUAUUGAGGGUGGGGUGUAUAGUACGAUCCUGCUUACUGAUCUUAGAGGGCAUGUAAUUUUGUGGGUCAUUCCUUCUCCUUGACAUGCUUUGCCUGAUUUAAAAUCCUUGUAUCUUGAAACUCGUAUCCUUUUCUUUUCCAUUCCA